CAUGUUCUGAUACAGCCCUGCAGCAGAGGGAGAGGAGAGGACCAUGUCCAAGCGCAAAGUCUCUGUGGUCUUUGACCAUUUUUACAUUCCAGACAACAAAGAAUUGGUGUGCAAGGCUCGCUGCAAAUACUGUCCCCUAGAGAUGAGUUUCAACAGGAAAGCCACCAGCAACCUGCUCAACCACAUGAAGAGGAAACACGCCUCUAUACCGCUGGGCCCUUCCUCUAGCAUCAGUGAACAAUGGCCUGGCACAGAAGCCACAUGUAGCCAACCACAAUCACCCAACAAAUGGAACAGCAACGAUCCCAGUCAGAUCCUUGGCAAUCAGGCCCUGGUCAAUCUGAUUGCCGGGGAGCAACUGCCCGUCUCUAUUGUGGAGAGUCCGUUCUUCCUUUCCUUCAUACAGGAGAUUCAGCCCAGCUACAACGUGCCUGAUGGGGAGUAUUUUGUCAACACGCUUCUGGAUCAACAGACCCGCUUUCUACAGGACAAACUGAAGACUCUGUCCAACACCGCACAGAGCGUCUGUUUGACUGUAGAUGUUUGGAACGCAAUGGAAUUCAGCUACAUGACCAUCACUGGACACCUGGUCAUCAACUACACCUUGAAAUCAGUCUUGCUCUCCUGCAAGCGUACAUGCGGGCAACAGCUGAGAGUCAGCACUACUAAGGAGAUUGACAAUGUGCUGACCCAGUACAAUAUCUCCAGAGAGGCGAUCAUCUUACUGAGUGAAAGCCCAGCACAAGAUCUCAUCAAGCUCCCUGGGUUUGAGCAAAUGGAGAGAGACAGUAGCAGCACUACCGGAAUAUUAAAAACGGAGGAUGACGAAGAUGCCGCAUACGAGAGUGGAGUUGGUGAACAGACACCAGGAAGCAUGACGGCACCGUUCAACAUUCAGCCUGGGCCCUCCUUCGCUCAAGCUCUCCAGCUGGUUGUUAGGGAUGGUUUGCAGGCAUCACCACAAGCUACCACCAAUGCCUUGGCUAAAGUUUAUGCCGAGACUGCUGAAGGACAUAGCAGCAGCAACAUCCAGCCAGCCUCAGAUUGGAGCAGUCAAAUAAAGGAGGUGAGGCACAGUCUUAGCCAGUCUGGGGACCGACAAACCCAACAUGCAAACGUUAGCAGCUUCGAUGGGAGCCCAUAUGAAAGAAGCUUGCUGGAGGCCUUUAUCCACACCCUGCAGCCCUUUGAGGAGAUCGCCGACCGCCUCAGAAGGGAGAGAGUGGUGCCUGCCAGCCUGGUCAUCCCCUCCAUCCAGGGCAUCAGGAAGCACCUGAGGUCACCAACGGAGCAGAACCAGAAGCUGGUCGUCGCUCUGGAGGUGGCGCUGGAAAAGUGGCUGACUCCUUUCGAGGGGCGCUGGUGCUACCGGAGAGCGACGGCCUUGGACCCCCGACUGAAGCUGCGCUGGUGUGAGGGGGAGCGGGCGCUCCAGAUGCGGCAGGACCUCCUGGGCCUCACCGGCGGAGCCGAGAGGAACGCCCAGAGUGGUGAGGACAUGGCAACCAGCUCGCACACCCAGGCCAAGAGGAGAAGCCUCUUCCCUUUUUUUGAGGAUGAACCCCAGGACAGCCAGCCGGACACCCAGGACGAGGUGGAGACCUAUCUGCUGGAGCCCUGUAUCCCUUACCACCACGACCCACUGGUUUAUUGGCGGGGCAACCAGCACCGCUUCCCUCAGUUGGCAGAGCUGGCACUUAGGCACCAGGCCAUCCCUGCUCUUCCUGUGCCCGCUAUGUAUUCAGAUAACGCCAGGAUCUCAGACGAGGAGUUUGAGAAGCUCAUGUUUAUCAAGCUCAACAGUGCUCUGCUGUGAGAAACAAACCCUUCUCUAAGAUAGCCAAGUUAGGUCCCAGAUCAUCAACUUGUCCAACAAGACUGCUAGCUCUCUUCAAAUCUAUGGAGACCGUGCACUACCACUUCCUGCUGGAUUACGAUAACUUAGUUAUGUUAGUAUACCUUUGUUCUGUCCCGGCCUUUAUUUCACCCCGCUUGCCUACGGUGGGCCAAAUACCACACUGAUUUAACAAACCACAGCAGCUCUAUAAUGGUUGAUCUGGCUGUUCAGUAGCUAAACAUGUAGUUGUUACUCUGAUGCCACAAUGUUAGGUCAUUCCUUGCUGCUCUUAGUGAGAGGCCAGCAUACAUUCUCAUCUGAGAAGUGUCAUGGAGGUUAAGCCAAGUUAAUGAACAAGCUAUUAGCCAGGAUUUAGAAUGCUUUAGAAACAUCCCUGAUGGAGAAAGAUACAAAACUGAUGUAUGGGCUUAUAUGUAAACCUGAAGUCUGUUCAACUCAACCAUCAAUAUACCGAUAUGACACACCACAUGAGCAACAUUAAGGGUAAACAAACGUUGGUACUCACCUUCCUCAUACACAAGCUUGGCUGUGUGGUCCAGCUCAUUUAUUUUAUGGACACUGCUGCUUGUCGCCACCUAGUGGACAAUUACAGAAUGGUUAAGAUACAGAAGCUUCACCCUAAUUCUACUGCUUCAUCUUUUGUCUGGUCAUGUAUACUGCGAUAUGUGCAUUUCAGUACCACCCAACUUGAGUGAUUAAGUGAACAUCACAUUGAUUUACUAAACACAAUGUAUAUAUUGAAGCCAUUCGUAAGCAUGUACACACCCUUGCGCAAUGCACCUUCUGUGAUAAACAGAUCUGAACAUGUUUAUCGUUAAAUAAAACAUUUGAGAAAUGAA